UUUAGGUUGACUUUCCCGGAUUCCUCUGUGAAGUGUGGAGAAGACGCUUCUAACCGCUCGUGAAUGACGAAAGAACCCAGAUCGCGCUGCUGAAGAUGUAUCUGCUCGUGUGUGAUGGACUUUUGAAGACGUGAGAGUCUCCGUGAAAAUUCGAAUCUGCUGCAGGUUCUCCCCUGACCAGACUUCUCGUGUGUAUUCAGAGGCAGAGGCCAUGGAGGUGGAUGAAUGCGAGGAGGGAUUGUGCAGCAAGCUGACGACGAGCUGCAGCCUCAAACGUUACCGCUGCAGGGAGGUCUUCACAUGGCAUCUGCUGAAGACCAUCCUGAUGGGUCAGGUUCUGUCGCUCCUCAUCUGCGGGACGGCGGUCAGCUGCGAGUACCUGGCCGAGGCAGGGGUGGAGGCGCCGAUGCUCCAGAGCUUCCUGAACUACACUCUGCUGCUGAUAGUCUACACCAGCAUCCUGGUCAGCCGUGAAGGUGACUCCAACAUCGUGCAGAUCAUCAAGAAGAAGUGGGGGCGAUACCUGCUGAUGGCGGUGGCCGACGUAGAGGCCAACUACACCGUGGUCAAGGCUUACCAGUUCACCACUUUGACCAGUAUUCAGCUGCUGGACUGCUUCGUUAUCCCAGUGCUGAUGUUGCUCUCCUGGUUCUUCCUCAAGACCCGCUACAGGCCGGUGCACUUUGCUGCAGUGGCUGUCUGUCUGCUGGGGGUGGGGGCCAUGGUGGGGGCUGACCUGCUGGCCGGCCGAAAACAAGGAGCGGCCAGCGAUGUGGCUCUGGGCGACAGUCUGGUUCUGGUCAGCGCAGUCCUGUACGGCGUCUCCAACGUGGGUCAGGAGUUCACGGUGAAGCAGCUGAGCAGGGUGGAGUAUCUGGGCAUGAUGGGAUUCUUCGGGACCAUCAUCAGUGGCCUGCAGCUAGCGGCGCUGGAAACAUCUGCAGUCUCACGGAUCAAGUGGGACGUGUUCACAUCGGUGCUCUUUGCCAUCUACGCUCUGUGCAUGUUCUCCCUGUACAGCCUCAUGCCUGUGGUGAUAAAGAUGACCAGCGCCACGGCAGUCAACCUGUCCCUGCUGACCGCCGACCUCUUCAGCCUCUUCUGCGGACUCUUCCUCUUCCACUACAAGUUCUCCACUCUAUACAUCCUCUCCUUCGUCAUCAUCACUGUGGGCUUCAUCAUGUUCAACGCCGUCCCCACGUACUCUUUGCUGCCACCUGACGACGACGCCGCUGAAGGAUGCACUGCGGAGUUGACCGUCAGCUCUUCGGAUCGCCUGCUUCCUGCCGACCAUGUCCGGCUGUCAGACCAGGCCGUGCUGAAGAACCAGGACCUGACAAAGAAGUGCCUUUAUUGACUGACAUGUCCGGACUGUGGACGGCACCAGGCUGUUGGAUGGAGCUAUGAAUGUGUUUUACCAAACGGGUUUGAAGUCACCUGCAGCUGUAAGUCAAGCAUUCGAGGGGUUCUUGCUCUUGCUUUUGAUAAUCUAUUUGAGUCAUAACACUGACUGAAUGAACAGUGCAGAGGUGCGUUCAGGGGACCUCGUGAAACUGCAAAGACAUUAUACUCCUACAUGCCUCCUGCGACUUUUUCAAAAAGAGUUACAAGUGUCCUUGAAUGCUCCUUGUGAGAGCAACAAUGCUGAAGACGACGCUCAUUUCCUUUCCUGUCCACUAAGUGGCGCUGUUAUUUUGACUUAAAGCCAAAGUGUCUUCCUUCACACUAACUCUCAAGAAGACAGCUGAAACUCUUGUCUUGUUGUUGAGCUGCAGACCAGAACACCGACUGCGAUCAUGAGGAGAGGAGAGUCACAUGACCUCACUUUUUUGUUUACAUUCCGGGAGCUGUGUUCACACUUUUGUAUCUGCUGAAGAACGUCUACACUUUUAGAGCAAGGCGGUUUAUCUUUUUUUUUUUUUUUUUACCUUUAUUUGUCAAUAAAAUUGCCUUUCUGAAACUUUCUGAAAAACAGGUCUGUGACCAUCAUCUGACUGAGAAACCUCUCGCCAAUGUAACGGGUGUUACAGCACC